AUCAUCAUAUUCAUUGCCUUUCUAAUCAAUAAUGUGAAAAAAAAAUUCAUCAAUCUUAAACGAUAAAAAAAACAUUCUGCAUACAAUUUCCUUACCAUCGAAUCCUCAAAUCGAUUUACGAAAUGUCGGCAGCGAUACGAUCAACAUCGGCACGUCGUUUUGCGCCAACCACCUAUGAGAAUAUUUGCAAUCGUUGUGGUCAUCUUGUUUAUUCGGCUGAAAAGAUUGGCCCAUUAAAAGAUUUUACAUUCUAUCAUCAUGGAUGUUUUAAAUGUGUUGCAUGUGGAUCAAAAUUAACAUUGAAAACUUAUUACAACAAUCAACAAGAUCAAGAUGAUAAAGAGGUUUAUUGCCAAAGUCAUGUGCCGAAAACGGGCCCUGGCCAUUUAGAUGGCCAAUCUGUCGGCAUUAAAGCGGCAUUGAAUGUACCGAAAAAGAAUCACCUGAUCAAUGAACAGAUACGUGUAUCCGGUUCGAAACCAGCAUUAAGCACGGAUGCUCUGACAAUCAAACAAGCUAUGGGAAAUCAUUCAGAUCAAUCAACAUCGGGCAAACCACAUUACUAUCCUGCCGGACAUUUUGAUGCAUCAGCUUUGCAUAUACAACAUGCUGUCAAUCAAACAAAAUUGAAUCGAUCCACCAACGGUUUACGUCAUAGUGUUCGUCCGGGCAUCGAAAGUCGUAUAAAUGAUUUUCUUGAUUCAGAAACGCAAAGAAAAUUAGAAAUGCUUCAUCGUGAUGAAGAAGAUGCAUUAUAUAGGCAAUUCUCGAAAAAAAGAGCUGAAGAAGUAUCGUAUAUAAAUACCGAAAUCAAAGAAGAAUGGGAAAAAGAACUGGAAAAAUUGACAUCAAAAUUUAUUUGCGAAAUGAAUAGCCGUAAAAAGAGAAUAUCUACUGAUGAAGAAAAAGCAUUGACCAUUAGACAUCAAAAAGAGAAAGAUGAUCUGGAAAAAAAUAUGACAAUCAAAUUUGAUAAGAAAAAAGAAUCAUUAGCGAAAAAAUUAUUAGAACAAGAGCGACAUGCAACGGCCGAAUUAGUGGAAAAACAAAGUAAAGAAAUGAUGAAUCUGAUAACGGCCAAAUUGCAAGAGUUUUCCGUAAAUAAAUCCUCUUCAAAUGAAAAUGGUUUGAAAAAUAAAGAUAGUCGAAACCGUAAUCGGUCAAAUGAACCAAUCGAAUUGCCGAAUGAAGAGAAGCCCUCAUCGAUUGCAUCGGCCAUUACAAUGGAUCAUUCAUAUCCAUCACAGCCACCAGCACCAAGCAUAACAUCGAUUUCCAAAUUGGACAUUUAUAAUGAUCCUAGUGUUUUUGCUGAAUUAGAUCAAGUGGCCAUCAAUGUGGCACGCGAAGAUCAGAAAACAUUUACCGAUUUGGUCAGACAAUUGACAGCAAAUUGUGUGACCGAUGUGGAAAAAUCUCGUGCAAUAUUUCGAUGGAUAACUGUCAAAAAUUUGAAUACAAUUAAAUUUGAUGACAAUGUUUCGGCCGAUACACCAAUGGGAAUAUUACGUGGUAUUAAACAUGGUACUGAAAGUUACCAUGUCCUAUUUAAACGUCUAUGCAGUUAUGUUGGCCUUCAUUGUGUGGUCAUUAAGGGAUAUUCGAAAAGUGCCGGCUAUCAACCGGGUGUACAUUUUGAAGAUAGUCGUUUUCGUAAUUCAUGGAAUGCUGUAUAUGUGGCCGGAAGUUGGCGUUUCGUCCAAUGUAAUUGGGGUGCAAGACAUCUGGUCAAUGCUAAAGAAGUGGGCAACCGAUCAAGCUCAUCAUCAUCCGCAUCAUCAUCAACAUCAUUAUCAUCAUCAUCAUCAUCGAUGGCCAAUCAUCAUCAAUUGUCAUCGAACAAUAGUGCAAAAUGUACAACCGAUAGUCUACGUUAUGAAUAUGAUGAUCAUUAUUUUCUUACUGAUCCUAAAGAAUUUAUUUACGAAUUUUUUCCCUUACAACCGGAAUGGCAACUAUUACGAUGUCCGAUUAGUUUACGUGAAUUUGAAGAGCUACCAUUUGUGCGAUCACUAUUCUUUCGAUAUGGUCUUUAUUUUGUGGACGAAGAUAUACAGGCCAUAUUGAGAACAGACAGUUCCGGUGCUGUUACCGUUCGAAUAGGAAUGCCAAGCUAUAUGACACCUAGCCUUAUAUUUCAUUAUAAUCUCAAAUUGAUUGAAAAUUAUGCCACUGGCAUACGCAAUGAUAAUGGUACCGAUACAUAUGAUGGUGUAGUAUUGAAACGAUUCGUCAUGCAAACGGUAAGCAGCAAUAUUGUCUCAUUUCGUGUCCAUUUACCCGGUUCCGGUUCAUAUAUCAUGGAUAUAUUUGCCAAUUCAACAACGCCAAAAGAAUAUGUUACCGGUGAACCGAUGAAAUUCAAAAGUGUUUGUAAAUUCAAAAUUCUAUGCCACGAACUGCAUACAGUGAUGAUUCCGUUACCAGAUUGUGCUAGUGGUGAAUGGGGCCCAUUGAAAGCCACACGUUUGUUCGAUCUGGUCCCAUUGACACAUGAAGAAGCGUUGAUUUUUUCGCCACGUGAUCUUGAAAUUCAAUUCCGUAUGUCACGACCAUUGACUGAUUUUAUGUCAUCAUUACAUAGAAAUGGUUCAGAUGAACGUAAACUAGCUCGUUUCGUAACCGUAUUGAUCGAUGAUAAUGAUGAUCUAGUUUCAUUUCGAAUCACUUUUCCUGAUGAAGGCCAAUAUGGUCUAGAUAUUUAUACACGUGAACAACAUUCGAAUGAAAUGUACAACAUUGAUAAGCAAUUGCUAACACAUUGCUGCAAAUACCUCAUUAAUGUAUCGUUUGCAAACAUGACUAAAGUCAAAUAAUUUUUCUGAUGAUUAACUGUUCUAGUGAUCACAUAUCCAUCCAUCAUCAUCAUUCUAUCAUUCUAUUCUAUUAUUAUUAUUAUACGUGUUUGUGUUGUACAUAAAUGCAAAGAGAUCGUUUGGAGAAAAAAAAAUGUUUUAUUUUAUUUUUUUUAAUUGUUUCAAAUUUUUUUUUUGUUGAAAAUCAAUAUUUACAUAUUCCACAAAAACACAACUUUUAUAUGAGAAAAAAAAAGAAAUAAACAAAGAAAUGGCCGACUGUUUUGCUCAAUCAUCAAA